UUUCUUUUAGGUAGCUACAUCAAUUAUUGUUUCCAUGUGCGUCCAUAUUACCACUAAAUUAUGUGUAAUAAAAUGAAUUAGCGAUAUGUUAAGGCUAGUGGGAUUGGGAUAAAUAUGAUAUAUCCAUAUAACAUCCUCGUGAUUUCUUCUGUUCUGCACAAAUUCUAAGUACUCAACUUCAGCUUCCUGGUAUUAUAUAUACUGUAAUACAUAUAUAAUUUCAGACUGAUCAUUUCCUAGUUGUUAAGCUUUGACAUGCUAACAGAAAUGAUUGAGCGGCUUUACUUACUAAACUGAUCUACUUCAUUACAUGGUUUAAGUUCUAUACUUAAGUAUAGUAGAAUUAUAUCGACUAAACCUAUUUAUAUGAUAAUGUGGUGUUUGAAUGAACUAAUGAUUCCUUUGUACUUGUUGAAUGCUUGGUUUCGAAUUUCAAAUACAGUACAUUCGUUAGUGCUUAUCUAGUAUUUCUUAAUCAGAUCACGUUAUUCCUGAGCUUCUUAGUUCAUACUAUAAUUCAAAUACUCCUAAUUAUCACAUUGGCGUCGAGAUGGAGUCCGUGAUGGAAUUGUUGGACAUACACGUAGAUUUUGAUGCUUUUGAGGAUUACUUUGAAAGGUUCGAACUCUGGGUUAUGACCAAGGAAGAUGAUGAGGAUGUUAAUAUUGUAGCAGAUUUCAUCAAAUUCAUCGGAAAAGAAGCAUAUAGCUUAUUAAAAAAUCUGGCUUUACCGGAAAAGCACAUUUCGCUUUCUUAUACAACUCUCAAGGAUCUACUGCUAGACUAUGCUAAGUGUACAAAUUUCAAACACGGUAAAGGGAAAUUUCGUAAAAUGAUUCACCUCAAUUCAGUGCAUACUCAAGGUUAUGCAGAUAAUUCAUUGAGGAUUUGUGAUGCAGUUCAUGAAGAUGAGCACAAGUUUGGUCAAUGUUUGUCCUGUGUCAAGUUCCACUCUUUUAAUUCAUGUAAAUUUCGUAAUUCUAAGUGCUUUAAAUAUGGCGAUAUUGGACAUAUUCUGUCAGUUUGUAAUACUACUGUUCAUCUUUCUGCAACGAAUAUUAAGUCUUGUAAUUGUGAUUCUAUUAAGUCCAGUGUUCCUAAUGAUCAUUUAUCCUUAUCAACGAUUUCAAAAGUCAGUGUAGACUCAUAUAGCGGUUCAGAGUUAAAUGAAACUCAGAAUUCUUGCAAGACAACAGUUUCUAAUCAAUCAACUUAUCAGAUUUCUAAUGUUAUUGUACCAGAUAUGAUUUUCCCUAAUGAUUCCCUUAUUUCUGACGAAAUCCCUUACAAAUCUGAGGUAAAUAUGUUGAAUGAACCUAAUCAUGAUCAAAAACCUGAUGGAGUCUUGAUAGAUGCUGAUUUUUCUAAUGAUCCUCUACUCUGCAAUGACAUUCUUAAUAAAUUUGAGUCAAAUCUCGAUAUUGUACCAAACAUUAUUUGUCCUCAUAAUGUAUUUGUUUCUUGUGGGAAACUUGUUCAAUGCAAAGCACCAGUACUAAAUGAUCUGGAUUUUGUAUACAAAUCGGAUGAAUUCAUAUCAAAUGCUGUUUACCCUUAUCAUAAAAACACUUCUAAUGUUUACUCUAACCACUGUGAGAAAUAUGUUUUAAAUGAAGCCACAUCAUUCAUAACUUGGAGAUAUAACGAUCCAACAUUAUUUCGUGGGGGAGGAUAGUGUUGAAAAAUCUAUGGUUUGAAUUCUAGAUAAUAAUGAUUUCAUUGCAAAACCGACAUACUGACUGUAUACAAUUCCCUGUGAAUCUGUUCCGAUUUCGUUUGUUAAUUCCAAUACUACAAAGUUUUUAUCUAAUACAAUGUCGGACAGACUCAGGAUGAACUUAAGAAGAAGACGUACAACCGACUACAAACACUUAUACUUCUAUUUAAGCUGUGGCGGAUGUGGUGCUUGAAUGAACUAAUG